GUUGAUCACGUGUCGUUACUGGAGAUCACCUGAUCGGAUUCUCCACCUCCAGCACAACUCUGGCAAAAACAAAUCAAGAGAAACCAACGAGAGAAACUCCCAAAAGCAUGUGAAUGUAUGCGUUCAAAGUAAUUGAAGGGCAAGUCUCGAAUUUUAGUGGGCAGGUUGGACCUCUGUUGGAGGAUGAAACGUGUGAGUCUGCAACAAGAUCGUCUGCACUUCAUUGGAUAACUGAGCUGACGCAGGAAGAGAUGUGAAGUCAGUUCUACUUUAUAGUCAGACUGUAAUUAGGAGCUCACUGCGAACCCUUCGUUGUAGACACAAUGUCUCUGUUAGAAAGAGACAUUUUGAUUAUGGUACUCAUGACCGCAUUUACGCUUUCCUCAGGAGAUAAUAAGUGUCUGCCCAGAGACUUUGGCCAUGGCUCUGUGGUGUGCGAGUGUAAUUCCACAUACUGUGACACCGUGGGGCCGUUGAUUGUGCCCUCACUGGGCCAGUUCACCGCCUACCUGAGCAGCAAGGCGGGCAGCAGGCUGGAACAGGUCCAUGGCCAAGUCAUCAAGAAUAGCACUGCAGUGGGUCUCAGGCUAACUAUCGUUCCUUUCCAGAAGUAUCAGGAGGUCCGGGGCUUUGGAGGGGCCAUGACGGAUGCCGCUGCUGUGAACAUUCUGUCCCUCUCCCCCGCCACCCAGGACCAGCUCCUGGGCCAGUACUUCUCCCCUGACGGUAUUGGCUACACUGUUGUGCGGGUGCCCAUGGCCAGCUGUGACUUCUCCCUCCGUCUGUACACGUACGCAGACACACCUGGAGACUACGGUCUGGAGAACUUCACUCUAGCCCCAGAAGAUACCAACAUGAAGAUCCCCCUGCUGCAGCGGGCUCAGGCCAUGUCCCCCCAGCCCCUGGCCCUGCUGGCCAGCGCCUGGAGCGCCCCCGCCUGGCUGAAGACCAACGGUGCACUGACGGGGAAGGGGUCCCUCAAAGGGCGGCCGGGGGGCAAGGAGCACAAGACCUGGGCUCAGUACUACGUUAGGUUCCUGGAAGAGUAUGCUAAGCACAAUCUGUCGUUCUGGGCCUUGACCACUGGGAAUGAGCCCUCUGCUGGACAGAUGACAAACUACAGUUUCCAGGCCAUGGGCUUCACGGCGGAGGAGCAGAGAGACUGGGUGGCUAUGGACCUGGGCCCUGCUGUCAUGGCUUCCAUUCACCCCCACACACACAUCCUCAUUCUGGACGACAACCGGCUGUUGCUGCCCCACUGGGCUAAAGUGGUCCUCAGUGACGUUGAGGCAGGGCGCUACAUACACGGCGUGGCGGUCCACUGGUACCUGGACAGCCUCGUCCCCGCAGAGAUAAGCCUGGGCACCACCCACCACCUCUUCCCAGAGUACUACCUGUUCGGCACGGAGGCCUGCGCCGGCUGGAGCCCGGUGGACAGAGGGGUGAAGCUGGGCAGCUGGGAGAGGGCGGAGCAGUAUGCCGCUAGCAUCCUCCAGGACCUUAACCACUAUGUGGUCGGCUGGACCGACUGGAACCUUGCCUUGGACCCGGGCGGUGGACCAAACUGGGUCAAUAACUUUGUGGAUAGUCCCAUCAUAGUGAACCAAAAACAAGAUGUGUUCUACAAGCAGCCGUCCUUCUACAGUAUGGCUCACUUCAGUAAGUUCCUGCUCAAGGGGUCUCGCAGAGUAGGCUUGUCCGCCAGUAAAGAGACCACCCUUGAGUUCUCGGCCUUCAUCAGACCAGAUGGCUCUGUGGUGCUGAUCAUACUGAACCGGUCAGCAUUGGAGGUGCAGUUUGAGGUGUGGGACCAUUCGGUGGGCUUCAUUCCCUCUACAGCGCCCCCUAGAUCUUUGCUGACACUCGCCUGGAACACACACUGACAUGACACCCACACAAACACAACCUGAUGAACACACACUGACAUGACUACCAUGCAAACAAAACCUGAUGCACACAAAACACACACACUGACAAAACACCCACACAAACACAAACUGAUGUACACACAACACACACACUGACAUGAGUCCCCCACACAAACACAACACACAAACUGACAAGACACCCACGCAAACACAAACUGAUGUACACAAAACACACACACUGACAAGACACCCCCACAAACACAACCUGAUGUACACACAAUAAACACACUGACAAGCCCACUGUACUUAACAUCACAUGUUUAACAUGUCAACUGUUCAACUUGCCUGCAACCACAAGGGAUGCACAGACACUGGACUACGGUGUAAAGGGCAUCAAGAGGACAUAGGUUUGGUUUUGCCACAAAUAAAUACCAAAAAUGUAAGCCUAAUCUCAGCUAUCUUAAAAAGGUUGCAGCUCUAAUGAAUACUUGAAAUUAAGACAUUGGAAAAAACCUGCUGACUUUGAAUAAACUGAAGGGUAGACAGUGAAAACUGAAUGCAAACCCAUUAGGAUUGUUCUAGGGUUUUGGAUACAAGGCAUACUAAUGGUACGCAUUGGUACUAAUGUUUUAAUCAAAACUGUAAAGUGUGCCUGCAGCCAGACACUCUAUUAUUUUUAUAAUGUACAUCAUUUGCACUGUUCAUACACGUGUUCAUGUUUUGUUGAGAAAACAAUGGGAACUGAUUUGUCAAUAAUGUAAUUACCUAUUGCAUGGAAAAUUGCCCAUUUAUUUAUAGGAGUAGUGAUGGAAAUGAAUGGGGUCUGUUCUAAAGGAUCCAUCAAAGCUGCUGCCCAUUUGGUGUUGUCAAACAUUAAUAACGCAGACAGCAGGAUGUAGACUAAAUGGAUGUAGACUCUGAGUCCCUCACCAUCUUCCAGUCCCGCCUCAAGACUCAUCUCUUCUCUUCUCCUCUGCCUACCCCACUCACUAUCCCUAGCCCCUAGCCCCAUCAACUUUUUAGUUUUUCUUGUUUAUCUAUUUUUGUGCCCCUAUGUAAAGCGCUUUGAGUACGUGAAAAGCGCUAUAUAAAUUGAAUCUAUUAUUAUUAUUAUUAUUAAAUCUGAAAAUACAGGUUGUUUCAAGGGUUGAUUACACGCAUAAAAUCGGAUGAAUGUACAGGAAGUACUGCAGCCAAAUACAACAUUUGUUCCAAUUUAUUAUAACAUCAUACACAUUUUUUCAUAUAUAUAAUAUACAUAUUUUGAUAAUCAGAUUUCACUUUUUUUUUUUCAUUCGCCGUGUUUAUUCAUUUCAAACCAUAAAUUGGACUAAAAGUAUUUACAUAAAAAAGUGAUAAAAAUGUGAAAGAAAAGACAAGUUGUUAACCAAUUAAUAAAAUGAUGAGCAGAGAUGACUUCUUUUUUUAUAUAAUAUAUACAGCAGAACAAACGCCUGGAUGUUAAUGACAGACAAAACAAAACAGGGUUUACUCUUUAUCUGGAAGACCCUGGGCCCGUCUUCUCCUUAAAAAAACCUUUAAGUCUUUCAGAUGUCACCAAAGACAAGACCAUACCUUUACCCUAAUACACCCUUCACAACCUCUGUCGGUGGCCCUCCGUAAAGCCAUUAUUUUCCAUAUUUUUCUUGGAGGAAAACAGAUAAACCAAUGCAAAAGGGUUGUGUCUGAUGUAGAACAUAAGACUUUAGGAGACAACUUCAGCAGAGUGUAGGCUGAGCGCAGAAGAGAGACAAAACAUGUGGAAUACAGAGAGAGCUUCCAUGACAGUGUAUUACAGCAGUGCAAUUUUCAGGCUGGAAAAAUAAAACAUACGGUAUGGUGAGAGGACACAGAGGAAUCAACUUAGUUUUCUCUCUGGAAAUCGACAGCGAGAUAUACUGCACCUGGGCUGGUCGUCGAGGUCAGUAUGAGAGGAAAACAUGUAGCACAGCGCGUGUGUCCAGAGUACAUGGUUAUAGGAAUAUGUCAAGGAAAAACCAAAGCAAAUGUUUAUUUUUUGUAGUAGUGAUGAAGGGGAGAGGAGAAGAAAUGGGUACUUCUGUGAACAUAGAUGGGGGGGAAGAAGGGAAUGUGUGCGACUCAGAAGGACCAUCUCUCCUGCGUUCUCGAGUCCGUGGCGAGGGAGGGGGACUCUGGGGGAGGCUGGCUAGUGCUGUCCUCUCCAUUCAAGCCCUUCCUGCACACUGGACACGUGUCAUGCUGUCAGGGAAGGAGAGGAGAGCAUUGAAAACACCUCAAGUUAGUUUUUCUCAAAUUGUACCUGGAACUCCAGUUAACCAACACAUGGAGCUUACUGAGCCCUUUUAACAUUACCUAUGCAGUAGCAACAAACUGACUAGAUGGCAACAUAAUACAGAGAGCUUACUCUAGUUGGAUUUUUGCUUUGACUUACAAAAUGUAUCGAUGCUGUGGACGACCCUAUACAUAUUUUCUUCCAAUUCUUCCCAGCAAUCCGAUGCUUUUAAGCCAUUAACUUGCCAAAUACAGCACAUUCCAGCACAACACUGCGACAGCCCU